AUGAAUCAAAGUUAUUACCAUAAACUAAACAGUAGUUUAACACCUGUGAAGAAUAACUAAAACAACACAACCUAACUUUCACAGUAAGACCUCAUAAAAAUAAUUAGAAACUACAGCAAACAAAUGCGAGAUUCAACUGAUAAUAAAAAGGGUGACUCCUUGUUCAAUAUGCUCCUAUCCCAAUAAUAAUAAGCAAUUUAAUCGGCGAGAUAGUUUAGCAUAGAAAGGCCUUUAAAAAGCUCUCCUCUGGAAACAUCUCCAAAUAUAUAAAAUAAACCAACUAUCGUUUCAUCGUCAUUCUCUUACAUUAGAAAAAGCACAGAACAAUCCUAGACUAGCUGUACCCAAUUUGAUAGAUUGCUUAACGAGAACACAACAUUGUUAAUGAAGAUUCAAGAAUUGGAAUAAAAAGUAAAAUACUUCUUUAAAUAUCAGCUAGAAAAAAAGAAAUGGUAGUUAAACAAGAAAACAAAAGUUGCGAUAUUUAGUUAUUAUUAUAAGCAAAUAGGAACAAUGAAAAUGAAAAUAGAAUUUUGA